AUGGAUUUAUUUGGUGUUUUUGAAACUAAGGCAAAUGCUGAUGGAAUUCAAGUGGAGAACCAAGUGGACGAGGAAGUGUCAAUGAAUGUAGAAGCAGAGGAGAAGGUUGAAGCAUUUAAGAUAAUAAAAAACCAAGAGAAUGAAGGGUGUAUUCAUGAGUGGUACACACCUGAGGAUUACUAGCCACUUUUAGAAAAGAAACAAAAUGCUAAAUAAUAUAAGUUUACUUUGGAUCCAUUCCAAAAAGUAGCAGUGAAGACUUUGGAAUCCAAUGAAUCAGUAUUGGUGGCUGCCCAUACAAGUGCAGGCAAAACAGCAGUGGCAGAAUAUGCAAUAGCAAUGGCCAAGAGAGACAAGCAAAGAGUUGUGUAUACCUCGCCAAUCAAGGCUUUAUCAAAUUAGAAAUACAGAGAAUUGUAAUAGGAAUUUGGAGAUGUGGGAUUGGUGACAGGAGACGUAACAUUGAAUGAGAAUGCCUUUUGUUUGGUAAUGACAACAGAAAUUUUAAGGAGUAUGUUGUAUAGAGGCUCUGAAAUUGUGAGGGAAGUAGCAUGGGUAAUUAUGGAUGAAGUACAUUAUAUGAGAGAUAGAGAAAGAGGAGUGGUUUGGGAAGAGACUAUCAUCUUAUUGAAUUAAAAUGUAAACAUGCACAUUUAAUUAUUAGGUUCGAUUUGUCUUUUUAUCUGCAACUAUUCCUAAUGCUAGUGAAUUUGCUGAAUGGGUUUGCAGAAUCAAACGCCAACCUUGUCAUGUAGUCUACACUGAUUAUAGACCUACACCUUUACAACAUUAUCUAUUUCCAAGUGGUGCGGAGGGAAUCUAUUUGGUUGUUGAUGAAACAGGAAAAUUUAAGGAAGACAAAUUUCAGGAGGCAGUAGCAAAGUUGGAGGAAAAUGUUGAAAAUACAAGGAAGAGGAAGGCCACUGAGGGUUCAGAUCUAUUUAAAUUGAUGAAGAUGAUCUAAGAGAGAGAAUUAGCACCGGCCAUAGUGUUCUCCUUUUCUAAGAGAGAAGUAGAAGGAUAUGCUAUUGGAAUGCAGAAAUUGGAUUUGACUACUCCAAAAGAAAAAGAGAAUAUUGAAACCAUCUAUAAAAAUGCCAUGAAUUGUUUAUCUGAAGAGGAUAGACAAUUACCACAGAUUCAAUUAAUGCUUCCAAUUUUAAAGAAAGGAAUAGGCAUCCAUCAUGGUGGAUUAUUGCCAAUAGUCAAGGAGAUCAUUGAAAUUCUCUUUCAAGAAGGUUAUCUUAAGGCAUUAUUUUCAACUGAAACAUUUUCUAUGGGAUUGAAUAUGCCUUCUAGAACUGUGGUUUUCACUUCUGUCAGAAAAUUCGAUGGUGAGUAAUUCAGAUGGAUUCAAGGAGGAGAGUAUAUUCAAAUGAGUGGUAGAGCUGGUAGAAGAGGUAUCGAUGACAAAGGAGUGUGCAUUUUAAUGUGCGAUGAGAAGAUGGACUAAGAAGUGGCUAAAUCUAUGCUCAAGGGAAAAUCAGACUGUUUGAAUUCUUCGUUCAGAUUAUCUUACAAUAUGCUUAUCAAUUCUAUGAGGAUGGAAGACACUGAUCCAGAAUUCAUUAUCAAGAAGUCCUUCCAUUAAUUCUAGAAUGAUAGACAAUUACCUGAAAUGAAGGAGAAGUUACAGGACUUCAAACAAAAACGAGAUUAAAUACAAAUUGAAAAUGAAGAUAAAUUGGGUAAUUACCAUGAUCUAAUCUCUUAAUCUACACACGUCUAUAAUAAAAUAAGGAAGAUUAUCUAUCAACCUUAGAUAGUUUUACCCUUUAUGCAUAUAGGCAGAAUCAUUAGAAUCAAAGGAUCGGAUGGAGAUUGGGGAUGGGGCAUAUCAAUCAAUUUUAUGUAAAAGAAGUUUGGAAAUAAGAAGAAUAAAGAUCAAGAGCAAUCUAUCAUUUUAGAUGUGAUGUUGUAUGUUCAAAAGAGGAAGAAGGUAUAUAUAUAUGUUUAAUAAAUAUUAAGAAUGAACCACUCUAGCCUCAAUUAUCGUUCGAUUAAGAGGGAGAGUUAGAAAUAGUACCAGUGUCUGUUGAGUAACUCUAUGAGAUCAGCACAAUCAAAUUGAAUUUGCCCAAGGAUCUCAGAACCAAUGAAAGCAAAUAACAAAUCAAAUAGACUAUGAUUAAAUUGCUCAAGGAAUUCAAAGGGUAGCCUCCUCUUAUUCAUCCAAUUAAGGACAUGAAGAUCAAUGAUGAUUAAUUGGAUAAAUUGUUGGAGUAGAGACAAUCACUUUUGGAACAAGUAGAAUAAGUGAAGAAGGACCUUAACAAUUAGAAUCUGGAAUAGGAAUUAUAGACAUAUGAUGAGAAAAUCAAACUCGGUUAAACAAUCAAAUUGUUGAAUAAGUAAAUUGAGGAAAGUUCACAAAUGGUUUUGAGUGGAGAUCUUAAGAGAAUGAAAAGAAUUCUAAGAAGAUUGCAAUAUAUAUCCAAGGAUGAAAUUGUGUAAAUGAAGGGCAAAGUGGCUUGUGAAAUAUCAGCAGGAGAUGAAAUUAUGGUAUAUACUAUAUUCUAAAUAUUUUCUAUUAGUUAACUGAACUAUUAGUCAGUGGUCUCUUCAAUGAUUUGGCUUCAGAAGAAAUUUGUGCUGUAUUGAGUGUCUUUGUGCACGAUGAAAAUAAUAGUGAGAAGUUCUAAUUAAAAAAUGAUAAGAUGUAGCAGUUAUACACAAAAGUACUUGACCAGGCUAAAUACCUUUAUACUGUAUAUACAGAAUCCAAAAUGAAUAUUGAUGAGGUAAUAUGAUUUAUAUCAUAAUUUUAGAAGGAAUAUUUAGCAACAUUUAAGAGUUAAAUGAUGGAAGUAACUCUGGCUUGGUGUUAGGGAUAGUCCUUUUUGUAGAUUUGCAAGAUGACUGAUUUAUUCGAAGGAUCCAUCAUCAGAUGUCUUAGACGAUUGGAUGAAUUAAUUAAAUAAAUGGAGGAGGCUGCUAAGGUGAUUGGUAAUAAGGAAUUGGAAAAUAAGUUUAAGGAGAGUUCUAAGAAGCUGAAGAAAGGUAUUGUUUUUGCUGCAUCUUUAUAUUUGUGA